CCAGCAAGCGGGUGGUUCGUGUGUAUCAGGGACUGUUAGUUCCCACCCACUUUUCCUCCACAGUCCAUUCAGUCGGAAUCCCCGAGUUGCUAUCUCCGAAAAAAAUUGUCGUCCCAAAGACCUGACUAUCUAUUUAUUACCAAGAUAUGCAUCCAGCAACUGCCAAGUGGUAUGACAGACGGGACUGUGUCUUCAUCGAGUUCUGCGUUGCUGACAGCAAGAAUGUUGAAGUGAAUUUUGAAAAGUCAAAGUUUGGUUUUAGUUGUCUAGGUGGGACUGACAGUGUGAAGCAUUCAAAUGAAGUUGACCUGUUUGAAGCUAUCGAUCAAAAUGAAUCCAAACAUAAACGUACAGAUCGGUCAGUGUUGUGCUGUUUACGAAAAGUUGAGGCUGGGAAGAAAUGGCCAAGAUUAACAAAAGAAAAAGCCAAGCUGAAUUGGCUAAGUGUGGACUUUAACAACUGGAGAGACUGGGAGGAUGACUCAGAUGAGGAACUUGACAAUUUUGACCGUUUCUCAGAGAUGAUGAACACCAUGGGUGGCGAGGAUGGAAUGCCAGACCUAGAUGGAGUAGAGGAAGAAGACAGUGCAGACAGUGAUGAUGAAAAAAUGCCAGACUUGGAAUAAAGCUGCUCAGGAACCUUUAAUCAAAACAAUGGGAGAGUCAUGACUGAACAGUUCACAAUCUGGAAAAGAGGGGAAGACUAGAUUAAGUGGACAAAUCUUUUAUCACCAUAGACUCUGCUUGCAGGUCCCUCUCUAAACUCACCCAUGGCUCCACUGAAGGUUGAUAUGCAUACUGUUGUACAGCGCUUGUCACAAUGAUACUGUACUUGCUUAUUUUUUCAUCUGUUUUAACUUGUUCUGUUGUACUAUGAACUAUGAAUUCUCUUAAUCCUAUUCUUAAGUACGGCACAGUACGUUGUACAGUUUUUCCAUCUUGUAAGCAAUACAAAAUGAAUUGCAAGGAAAUAUAAUAUUUUUGUCCACACCCUCAUUGUUCAGUUGUCAAUAUGAUUAUGUAGGACUUAAAUGGCCACCAAGGGCCUUUUUAAUGUACAAAGAAAUGUGUCCGUAACAGUAGUGCUAUUGGAUAUGCUGCCUUAAGUAUGUUAUCUCAAAACUUCUGUUAAACUAAGUAUCCCCUUGUAGUAUAUAACUACCUAGUGCAUUACAUAUGUCCCCCUUUAAACCACAAACUGGAACACCGCCCUGUAAGAAUAGUGUAUAAAUAUUGCAGUUUGUCAUGCUAUUUGGAACUUUAACCCCACUUUUCCCUCCUUCCAUAACUUGUAUAGCGUGUCUCCUUGCUGUUAAUCAUACCCUUGAAGUCACACACAAUGUAGAUCAUUUCAUACACAAAGUGGAUACUGGGUUCUAUUUAAUAGUUCCCCCACACACUGGGUGUUUUCCUUGUAAGUGUAAAUGUUGUAGAGUCAGGCAGGACUCGGAUGAAGCAGAACUGUUAACAUUAUAUUGACCAAAUUAUAUUUGCACUGUUUGUUCAAUGCAAGUGUGAAACAGGGAUUACAAUAGGUUAGUCUGAAGUAUGUGUGUCAACCUGUCAGUGUCACUGGCUAUAUAAAAUAUUGGGGAAAUGUUUUGUUUUUUUUUUAAGAAAAGGAUUGUCAACAUCUUUCUAAUAAACUGUUAAAGACGUG